UCAGCCUCGGACUUCUGGCGGGUCCUUGACUGGUGUUAGCCGAGUGCUAGUGGGGACGGAGGUGGUAGCGAGGCUCUACCUUGCAGUGUCUGGGACCGUGCUGGGGAAGUCAUGUCGGAGCAGCAGCGGCAGGGCGCCGAGCGCGACCUCUACCGGGACACGUGGGUGCGCUACCUGGGCUAUGCUAAUGAGGUGGGGGAGGCUUUCCGCUCCCUGGUGCCUACAGCGGUGGUGUGGCUGAGCUAUGGCGUGUCCAGCUCCUACGUCCUGGCUGAUGCUAUAGACAAAGGCAAGAAGGCGGGAGAGGUGCCAAGCCCUGAAGCGGGCCGCAGCACCAGAGUGGCUCUGGCUGUGGUAGACACCUUUGUGUGGCAGUCUCUGGCCUCUGUAGCCAUCCCAGGCUUCACUAUCAACCGCCUGUGUGCUGUCUCUCUCUAUGUCCUGGGUACUAUGACCCGCUGGCCCCUGACUGUCCGCAAAUGGACCACCACCACACUUGGGCUCCUGGCCAUCCCGGUCAUCGUCCACCCCAUUGACAGGUCAGUAGACUUCCUCCUGGAUUCCAGCCUGCGCAAACUGUACCCAUCAGUGGGGAAGCCCAGCUCCUCCUGACCCUGUCCUGUGCGCUGCCCAUGGCUGGCCCGCUCACACCAGAGAAUGUGGAUGCUUGGCUGUUUGGGGUCCAUGGCACCCGAGUGGGUUCAAACUCAUGGAUGCUUAGAGACAAAGGCC